AUGCAGGGUGAGGGCCAUAAAGAUACGCCGACGCACGGGCUCGCCUCGGUCGCGGAGGGGACGUCCCCGAGCCGGCAGCCGCCUGGGUCCCGCCGGGAAGAGCGAGGUCCCUCCGACCAGCCUCCGCCGCGUGCUGACCUCCGCCGCCUGGCCCAGCGCGCCGCCGCCGCCGGCAUCCAGGUAAUUCGCUUCUGUGGAAGGGCCAGCAACCGGUGUGAGGACGAGUCCGGGGUGUUUCCGCGAAUAAGGUCAGACCGCCCCGCGGACGAGGCCGAAAGCGGCGUCGGGCACGGCUUCCGCCGCUUGCUUUGCAGGAGCUGGCUGGCCGUGCGCCUCGGCCUCCUGGGCUGCGGGCUGUCCGUCGUCGCCGCCGCCGCCGCCGCUGGGAGGGACGUCUCCGGCUCCCGCCCCAACAUCCUGCUCUUCCUGGCGGACGACCUUGGCAUCGGGGACAUCGGCUGCUACGGCAACGACACGAUCAGGACUCCCCACAUCGACCGCCUGGCGAGGGAAGGCGUGCAGCUCACCCAGCAUGUGUCCGCUGCGUCCCUUUGCACCCCGAGCCGGGCCGCCUUCCUCACGGGCAGGUACCCUAUCCGAUCAGGUAUGGUGUCCAGCCACGGCAACCGCGUCGUGCAGUGGACCGGGGCCCGGGGGGGCCUCCCCACCAACGAGACCACCUUCGCGAAGAUACUGCAAGAGCAAGGCUACGCCACGGGACUCAUAGGGAAAUGGCACCUGGGCGUCAACUGUGAGUCCUCAAGCGACCACUGCCACCACCCGCUCAGCCACGGCUUCGACCACUACUACGGCAUGCCGUUCACCUUGGCGGGGGACUGCGCGCAGUGGGCGCUGUCGGAGAAGCGCGUCCGGCUGCAGCGCCAGCUGAACCACUACGCGCUGGCCAUGGCCCUCGUGGCCCUGGCGCUCGCCGCGGGGAAGGGCGCUGGCCUCCUCCCGGUGUCCUGGGCGCUGGCGCUGGGCGCCGCCGUGGCUGCGCUCUUGUGCUUCGCGCUCUCCUAUUUCCUCGGGCCGCUGAUCGUGCUGGCCGACUGCUUCCUGAUGAGGAACCACGGCAUCACCGAGCAGCCCAUGCACUUCGGGACGUCGGCGGCUCUCUUCCUCCGGGAGGCCUCGUCCUUUGUGGACAGAAACAAGCAAAGGCCUUUCCUGCUGUUCGUGUCCUUCCUACAUGCCCACAUCCCCCUCGUCACCACGGAGGCCUUCCUCGGGAGCAGCGUGCACGGGCUGUACGGCGACAACGUGCAGGAGAUGGACUGGAUGGUGGGGCAGAUCCUGGACACCUUGGAGACACGAGGUCUGGCCAACAACACGCUGGUGUAUUUUGCCUCGGACCACGGGGGGUCGUUGGAGGCUCAGCUGGGAGGCCACCAGUACGGGGGCUGGAACGGCGUCUAUAAAGGCGGCAAAGGCAUGGCGGGCUGGGAAGGUGGGAUCCGGGUGCCCGGCAUUUUCCGCUGGCCCGGGGUGCUGCCCGCCGGCCGCGUCGUCUCCGAGCCCACGAGCCUCAUGGAUGUCUUCCCCACCGUGGUCCGGCUGGGGGGCGGCGAGGUGCCCCGGGACAGGGUGAUCGACGGCCAGGACCUGCUGCCGCUCCUGCUGGGCACCGCCCCGCACUCGGAGCACGAGUUCCUGGUGCACUACUGCGAGGCCUUCGUGCACGCCGCGCGCUGGCACCAACGCGACCGUGGAGCCGUCUGGAAGGUGCACUACGUGACUCCCAUCUUCCACCCCAAAGGCGCGGGAGCCUGCUACGGCAGACUGGCGUGCCCGUGCUCCGGGGAAGGGGUGGCCCACCACCACCCGCCCCUGCUGUUUGACCUCUCGAGAGACCCGUCGGAGGCCCACGCCCUCACGCCGGACACAGAGCCCGCGUUCCAUGAGGUGCUGGAGCGAGUGGCUCGGGCCGUGGAGGACCACCGCCGGACGCUCAGCCCCGUGGCCCUGCAGCUGGACGGGUCCGGCAACCGCUGGAGCGCGUGGCUGCAGCCCUGCUGCGGCGGGCCGUUCCCGCUGUGCUGGUGUGACCGGGAAGGGGGCGGGGACCGCCCGACGCCGCCCGACCGGGACCUCUGAGUUCCUGCGUCGCGAUUCCUCCCCCGGGGACAGAGCAAAAUGCCCCCGCCCCGGGGGGUGGGGGGUUCAGUCCCGUGUUUUCUACGGGGCUGAACAGGAGGGCCAACGUGAAGAAGAAAGAGACCAGAGACCAAAUUCUAAAUAAAAGGCACUCUGGAGAGCUGUCCACCCGGACAACAGGCAGUGACUGGUGAAGUCCCUCUUGCUGCAGAGUUGCUGG